GUUUCACCAAGAUAAAUGGGCCUCUCCAAAGGAUAUUAUUAAAAUAAUAAUGAAUUUAAAAUAAAAAUUCGAGGGAAUAUGAAGCUGACGCAAAUUCUCUGUACAUUGCACCAAACUCUCUGCAACUUGGAGCCAAUCCUUAUCUCAAAUCUCUUGGUCAAGUUUCUCGAAUCAUCGAAUUUUUUUAUAUUCUCCAUUUUCAUGUUUCUUUCCGUGAUACAAAGAGAUUCCUAAGAAGGAAAGAAACAGCUAACAUUUUUUCUAGAAACGAGAAUCAUCGAUCUGAGAUAUGAAUUCGACGAUGGAUGCCGGAGGUGGAGGCGGAGGCGUUUCCGGUGGAGCGGCGGAGUUUUUGCAGAUUCGCUUGAACCAUAGACACGAUCCCAAGGAGAACCAGUGUUCCUCUGUCCUCGUCAAGCAUAUCAAAGCGCCUGUUCACCUCGUUUGGUCUCUGGUGAGGAGAUUCGACCAGCCAGAGAAGUACAAGCCCUUUGUGAGCAGAUGUGUGAUGAAAGGUGAUGUCGGAAUCGGCAGUGUUCGAGAGGUAGACGUUAAAUCUGGACUCCCAGCAACCAGAAGCACCGAGAGAUUGGAGCUUUUUGACGACAAUGAACACAUUCUUGGUAUCAAAAUCGUCGGUGGUGAUCACAGGCUUAAGAACUACUCAUCAGUUGUUACGGUACAUCCAGAGAUAAUAGACGGAAGAGCUGGCACGAUGGUGAUCGAGUCAUUCGUGGUGGAUGUACCAGAAGGGAACACCAAAGACGAGACUUGUUACUUCGUCGAAGCUCUUAUACGAUGCAAUCUCAAAUCUCUGUCCAAUGUCUGCGAAAGAAUGGCUGCUCAGGACACGACAGGAGUUAUGGAUCCGUACUGAGUGUUCUUCUCUCCAACUGUAGACAUCGUAAAGCAACAUUGGUAAAGACGAUACAUUGACGAACUUUUGUAUUUGCCUCUUGUUUCUCCCUCUGAAUGUGUAUAUAAGCCCAAGAGUCGUGCAUAUUAUAUAUAUUGAAGUGUGGCCAAGUCUUAAACAUCUUGUACUCCUUUAGGACCCGUUCUUGAUUGAUUCCUCCAUGGCUCCAUCUGAGUACUGUGUACUCGUUGUGUAAGCUGUGUAAAUUUUACUAGGAAUGUAUCUUUUUCGAUUGUCAUUUUUCCUAUUUGCGAAAAAGUAGGACCAAUAGGAAGUUAAAUAUUUGAUCUACUUGAGCUAUAUAUAUGAGAUAUUGAAUCUGUUUUUUUUUUUCCCCCCCUUUUGUGAAUAUCUUAUGCGAAAUAACGCUCAAGCAGCUAGAAUUGUGAUUUGUAUUAUUCGGUUAUUUUUA